AUGUCAUUCAAGCUUCGCAAUGCCACCGGAUAUCAAAAAAUUGUACAUGCAAUGACAUUUUUCUUCUGUUAUGAAACGCAACAUGAAGUAGUGUCAAGACAUUAUUAUAUUCAAAAGUAUGAUGUUUAUGUAACGUCCCACAAAACUGAAGUGGAGCUUAUAUUGUCGUUCCAUAAUGACCUUAAAUAA